AUGGAACAAUCCCCUUUAGACUUUGUCAAUUCAGAAGCACUAGUAUCAACCAGAAAAAAGAAGAGAAAGACCAAUAAGAAAAACGACGUGGAUGUUGAGAAUUAUAAUAUUGAUCGGCUCUCGGAUUUGCCUAAGCACAUCAUCCACCAUAUCAUGUCGUUUCUUCCUACGGUGGAUUCAACCCACAUAAGCACCUUGUCGAAGAGCUUUUCUUCUUUGUGGAGAUCCUUCCCGAUACUCGAUUUCGAUUUCUAUUUGAUGGAGUCCUUUUCGAGAUACGUUUUCACGACGAACACGUUCCUCGAUCUCGUAACCCGAGCUCUCGAACACAGAGCGUUGAAAUCUGAUCUCCAGCGGCUCAGUUUUAGGGCUUGUCUAAACCGUAUUCAUGAGGACGAUUCUAAGGCGACGCUCAGAAGGAUGGCAAACUUUGCGAUGCAGAACAAUGUAAAAGACUUGUUCUUGAAUUUCGUAAAUAGUCGGGUGCGCGGUUUGCCGAAAGAGGUUUUAUCUUGUAAAUCAAUCAAGCGAAUGUUGUUGGGCGGCUUACAAUUGAACAGCACAAACUUGGUACUAAGCUGUCCUUUGAUCGAGGAUUUUAGUAUCAUCAACUGCACUAGUGCGGGGGAAAUUACCAUCAAUGUUUGCAGCCCUAAACUCAAGACCGCGAAAUUCGAGAAUUGGAUAGGACUUGAGAGGAUUCGUAUUGACGGCGCUAAAAGUCUUGAUUCUUUUUCGUAUACAGGUGCCGCUGAGCAGAACUGCGAGAUUGUCAAUCUUGUUUCUUGUAAUUCUCUCAAAACUGUAAUAUUGAAAACCGCAUCCAUUACCGACGAGUGGUUAAAGAAUCAAGUAUCUCUAUUUGUUUCCCUCGAGAUUCUGAAACUGGCAAAUUGCAAAGAACUGAAGAAUGUGCGUAUUCUCAGCAACAGUCUCAAAAUCAUGGACUUGCAAUGUUGCGCUGCGCUUGAGAAUGUCGAUGUAGUUGCACCAAACCUUGAGGCUUUUCGAUCUGAAGCUAACACAUGGUGCAACAUCGACCUCACCGAGUGUAUACGCCUAAAAGAUCUGCAAUUAGUUAGUGUUAGAUCAGCAAACGUGUCGAAGGAAUGGUCGGAGGAAAAAAUUUGUACAAGCGGGUUUCAAUUCUUGGAGAAUCUCAAAUUAGAAAGGUGCGAAUUGUUGAAGGAGAUUACAUUUUAUGCCGAGCACUUGAAACAUAUGGAGUUGCUUCGUUGUGAAAAUUUGCAAGCUGUUGAGAUCGAUGCUCCAAAUCUAGUUUCGCUCGUUUACAGUGGACCUGUUUUGCUCUCAUCUCCAGUCAUCUCAUAUUUGCCAAAUUCCGAGAUUCACUUGGAUUAUCUUGUAAUUCCGAGAGAUAAUCGUUAUUACGAAAGCUUGAGGGAUUUGAUCAGCAACUUUGGUCAAUGCAAAUCGUUGACUCUGGCUUGCAACGACUAUGAGGUAAUUGAUUGUUGA